AUGGUUCUCCCAGUCCCUGAUCCGACCAAAUCCUAUUGGAUCGAGGCCGCUGAUUCAUCUCUCCGGAAUUUUCGUUCUAGCGAAAGCUUGCCAGAAGAGACUGACGUUGCAAUCAUCGGGAGCGGAUAUGCGGGUGCAUCUACCGCCUACUGGAUUCAUAAGGGGACCGAAAACACAGGAAGGCAACCUAAAGUGACUGUCCUAGAAGCACGGGAUGUAUGCGGGAGUGCCACUGGGCGGAAUGGUAAGAGAACAUUUAAAAUGACAGAGCGAGUUUUUAACAACGUGAAGGAGGUCAAUGUUACACGGGGUUUAGUGCUGAUACUUCUCUAA